UUAGUUUCUGAUAUGCUUAAGGAUUGCCUUCAAUCUUAUUUGCACAUUUUGGAUAUGUUAGGUUGUAUGGCCUUUAGACUUAUUAUCUUAGGUGCAGCAACAGAGGGUGGCUGACCCCCAUCUUUCACAGUUAAGAGAAAAAGCAAAGCCCACUGAGGAGUGGGCCAACUUGAUACCUAGGAUGGGGGAUGUUGAUAGAGUCACUCAGCCAGGUGGCCUACAUAGAGAGAUUGUCCAUACAAGAAGCCCAGCCUCUUACAGUGAUGAUGAUGCUGAUGGCCUCCAGAAUGUCCAGCAACAUUCCAGAUUAGUUGAGGCUUCCAGCCAUCGAAGAGAUGCUGCUGGUGAUGGGCCUGAAGGCAGUGAGGAAGAAAAUGGCCAGAGGGGAGGAGAAGAAGAGCUGUUUGAUGUUGAAGUGAAUAAUGGGACACUAGUGAUGAGAGGAAGAGAUGCUACCCGCAUCUUCUGUGGAGCUGUCCUUCUGCCCACCAUCUCUGCCCUUGUGGGAAACUUAGUCUUUGAUGACAUCAAAUCCAAUAUUCGAAGAACCUUUUAUGGAGGUCUCUUGUACAUUGCUGUGAAGGGUGCUUUGAAAAUAUAUUACAAGCAUCAGCUGUGCAUGCGCAACCAGCAGCGUCAGAUUCUGGAUUACCGGGAACAAGACCAUUCUUCAGCAAGUUGAGGAAUUCAUCCAAUCCAUGGACUGAUUGAACUGUUGGAAGAAAUUAAUUUUUUUUGUAAAUGUAGCAGAAGUCAGUUAAAGGAUAUGAAACUGAGCACAUAUUCCUGAAAAAAGUUAACUUUAUGACCUCUCACUGAACAUGUCAUUCUUUCUUGAUAUUUUCUUCCAGAGGUGCUGAAACUGUGAUCUGCUGGCCAGGUACAGAUCAUGAGAGGAUUCCAUCUUGCCAACCAUGAGAUGUUAAUUCCAACGGCUUUGGUUUUAAUGAAGUUGAAGCCGUCUGAAUUAUUUCGUUUUAUCAGGUUUUCUUGAUAUCAUAUACUGCCAUUCAGAGGACU